CUCCUCCUCCUGCCGGGUCUGCCUGCCCCGUGGGGGGCUCUGCCCGCCCCGCCACCGCCCGGGCCAGCCUCUGACUCACUCCGGAGCAGAUGCCGCCGGCUGCAGCCUCGCCCGUCUGCGCGCCGCCGGGAGAAGGUGGUAUCCCCUGAGACCUGCAAAGGCAGGGGGAGCCUCAGCAAUGAACAUCCUGGCCCCUGUGCGGAGGGACCGCGUCAUUGGCGAACUGCCCCAGUGCUUCACCAAAGAGGCGGCUCUGCACAGCAGGACUUCCUUCCAUCCUAAAGUGGUGAGCACAUGCCAGGCCCAGCGGACGGGCACAGUGGGCAGGUUUAAGAUCUCCAAGAUCAUCGUGGUGGGUGAUCUGUCCGUGGGGAAAACCUGCUUGAUCAAUCGAUUCUGCAAAGACGCCUUUGACAAGAAUUACAAAGCGACCAUCGGGGUGGAUUUUGAGAUGGAGCGCUUUGAGAUCCUGGGGGUCCCCUUCAGCCUCCAGCUGUGGGACACGGCCGGCCAGGAACGCUUCAAAUGCAUCGCCUCCACUUACUAUCGGGGAGCACAAGCCAUAAUUAUCGUCUUUGAUUUGACUGAUGUGGCAUCGCUCGACCACACGAGGCAGUGGCUGGCCGAUGCCCUGAAGGAGAACGACCCGUCCAGCGUCCUCCUCUUCCUGCUGGGCACCAAGAAGGACCUCAGUACACCUGCGCAGUACAACCUCAUGGAGCGGGAUGCUCGGAAGGUGGCGAAGGAGAUGCAGGCUGAAUACUGGGCCGUCUCCUCACUCACAGGUGAGAACGUGCGGGAAUUUUUCUUCCGUCUGGCUGCGCUCACCUUCGAAGGCAGCGUGCUGGCCGAGCUGGAGAAGAGCCAGGCGCGCCGGAUUGGGGACGUUGUGCGGAUUCAUGGGGACGAGCGAGACUUGUACGUGACGGAGAAGAGGAAGCGGACCAAAUGCUGCGCAUGACGAAGCCCCCCCUGAACAGCCCCCUCCUCCGGCAUUUGCACUGGACUCUUUUCUAGGCCAAAGGAAGCCCCCUCCCCAUUUCUGACACACGAGAAGCAGGCGCCUCCCCCCCCCCAUCUCCCUGACAGUGCCAAACCAAAGAAUGAAGAUGUCCAAACUUGGCAAACUUUUAAGACUUGUGGAUUUCAACUCCCAGAAUUCCCCAGCCAGCUAUGCUGGCUGGGGAAUUCUGGGAGUUGAAGUCCACAAGUCUUAAAAGUUAGCUGCAGAAUUCUGGAUUUGAACGUCCAUAAAUAAGACUUAAAAGUUGUCUGUAAAAUAACGGGAGCCAGAAGUCCUCAAAUCUUAAAAGUUGGCUGUGGAAUCCUGGGAGUUGCGGUCCGUACGUUUUGAAACUGACUGUGGAAAAUUCUGGGUGUUGAAGUCUGCCAAUCUUAAAAGUGGCUGAGGAACUCUGGGAGUAAAAAAAAAAAUAUUGGCUGUGGAAUUCUGGGGAUUGAAGUCCACAGGUUUUUCAAGAUGGCCGUGGAAUUCUCUGAUUGGAAGCCCACAAGUCUUGAAACUGGCUGGGGAAUUCUGGGAGUUGGAAGUUUGCAAGUCUUAAAAGCAAGCCAAGCUUGGACGUCUGUGUCGCAGAGCAUAUAUCCUCCCGAACGCUCCCUGACUUCGGACUCGCCUCUAACCUUCCCGCACCAGAGCUGUGCGCAUGCUCACCUUUGAGGACCCUCCCCUCCACCCCCAUCCCCAAGCUAGCAGACAAAGCCCCCAGGCUUACUCCAGUGGUGGGUUUCAAAAAAGUUUGGAAGCUCUUCUGUAGGUGUGGCCUGCUUUCCGGGUCCAU